AUGGCUCUGUGGCGGCGCAGCUCGUCCUGGCUCACGUCCUGCUCGCGCGCGCCGGCCGGCAUCGGCGGCGGGAACGAGGCCAAGGUCUCGCCCGAGGUCGCGCCGGAGGACGCCGCCGAGCAAAUCCACGAGGAGGCCGAGGACGAGGAGAGGUGGUCCCGCCUGCUGCCGGAGCUGCUCACGGACAUCGUGCGCCGCGUCGACGCCGGCGCCGAGCGCUGGCCCCCGCGCCGCGACGUCGUCGCCUGCGCCUGCGUCUGCCGCCGCUGGCGCGACGCCGCCGUCGCCGUCGUGCGCCCGCCGCUCGAGUGCGGCAGGAUCACCUUCCCCUCCUCGCUCAAGCAGCCUGGACCGAGGGAUGCGCCGAUGCACUGCUUCAUCAGGAGGAACAAAAGCACCUCCACCUUUUAUCUUUAUCUCAGCUUAACACAGGCCCUAACGGAUAAAGGGAAGUUUCUACUGGCUGCUCGAAGAUUCAGACACGGGGCACACACCGAAUAUAUCAUCUCUUAUGACUCUGAUGAUCUAUAUCCAGGAAGUAAUUCAGGUGUUGGAAAGCUGAGAUCGGACUUCCUGGGGACAAAAUUCGUCAUGUACGACAAUCAGAAACCAUACGACGGCGCCAAGUCCUUGAAGAGCCGAUCAAGUCGCCGCUUUGCGAGCAAACAAAUCAGCCCACACGUUUCAGGCGAUAAUCUUGAAGUUGGACAGGUGUCAUACAGGUUCAACUUCCUCAAAUCAAGAGGGCCGAGAAGAAUGCACUGCAGUAUCCAGUGCCCCGUAGGUCAGGGCACCGCAUCCGAUCCAUCCAAGGAGAAGCCACCGAGCACCUCCAGCUCCUUGUCUCUAAAAAACAAAGCGCCUCGGUGGCACGACCACCUGCAGUGCUGGUGCUUGAAUUUUCACGGCAGGGUGACGGUCGCCUCCGUGAAGAACUUCCAGCUUGUCGCCCCGGCCGGCACCAGCGACCCAUGGGGCGUCGGGGACGAGGAGACGGUGAUCCUCCAGUUCGGUAAGAUCGAGGACGACGCCUUCACGAUGGACUUCCGGCAUCCCCUGUCGGCCUACCAGGCGUUCGCCAUCUGCCUCACCAGCUUUGGCACGAAGCUGGCCUGUGAAUAA